CAUGCAGAAGCUUUGCCCUUCACAAUUUAUACAUUCUUUCUAUCAGUUCCUGUAGUGGUGAAGAGCGAAUCAAGGAGAAAAUCAAUGGCCGCAGAGAAUGGUUUUGCUUCUGCUGAAUCUAACACAAUACAUGUAGAAGAGAUUGAUCAGGCUACUCAUCUCUUUUGUUCACCAUAUACUAUUGAAAUGGAGAACCAUAAACCCAGUAAUUGUAAUGGUGUUUCUCUUAACAUUCCAGGAUGGUAUGCUGAUGUUCCCUAUGGAUGGCCAGGAGAGGCACAUUUGUUCAAGGUGGAAAAGGUCCUCUUUCAUGGCAAGUCAGAAUACCAGGAUCUUUUUGUAUUUCAGUCACCCGCGCAUGGAAAGAUUGUGAUCCUGAAUGGGGCAAUUCAACUAACAGAGAAGGAUGAGUUUGUCUACCAAGAAAUGCUCACCCACCUUCCUCUUUGCUCCAUUCCAAACCCAAAGAAGGUUUUGCUAAUUGGAGGAGGUGAUGGUGGAAUUCUGAAAGAAAUAUCUCGCCAUUCCUCGGUCGAUCGGAUUGACAUCUGUGAAAUUGACAAAAUGGUGAUUGAUGCUUAUAAACGGUUCUUCCCUGACAUUGCAAUUGGAUACAAGGAUCCCCGAGUCAAUCUCCACAUAGGCAACGGAGUUGAAUUCCUGAAAAAUGUUCCUCAGGGUACUUACGAUGCAAUCCUAUUGGAUGCUUUCCAAUGCAUGGGGCCUGAAGAAGAAGAAGUAGGGGAUAAGUGGUUCCUAGAAUCGGUGGCAAGGGCGCUUCGCCCAGGAGGGGUCAUGUGUUGCCCAGCGGACAGCUUGUGGCACCCGGAAUUUUCACUUUCAGAUUACAUAGCCAGAUGCUGUAAGGCAUUCAAAGGCUCUGUUAGCUACGCCUGGUGCACAACUCCGGCAUACGCCAGUGGGAUGAUGGGUUUCAUGCUUUGCUCCACUGAGGGACCACCAGUCGACUUCAAGCACCCCGUAAAUCUAUUGAAUCCUGAGAAUUAUGGUGUAGCCAAAGGACCUCCCCUGUUUUACAAUUCAGAGAUCCAUACUGCUGCAUUCUGUCUGCCAUCUUUUGCGAAGAAGAAGAUGUUUGGCUCCAAAAUCUGAUUAACAAGAGGAAUGAGAUUCAACCAUAGCUAUAUAGUUUCCUUAUUUUUAUUUACCAUAAAUUAGUUCCAAAAUCUAAUUAACAAGAGGAAUGCGAGCAACCAUAGAAAAGUUUAUUUCCUGUUUCUCUUUUCUUCAUACUGUUGCUUGUAAGAUAAUACCAUUAAAUUUGGAGACUUCAUUA